AUGUAUGUGUAUAUUUAUAUACGCACAUAAACAUCUUUCGAUUUUCAAACUGUUAUUGGGAAUUGAUGGAAGCCCUCUCGCGGCCGAUCAAACAGACGCUGGUUCUCCGGCCGAGGACAUCUCACUCCGAUCAUGCUCUGCUUCCUUUAAGGUCGCUUAAGAAUCCAAAGUCAAACCUUACCCGGACUUUGAGGAGCGUUGACGCGAAAGCGCGAACGGAAAAGCACGUUUCUACUGCGGCGACCAUUGACUACAGCGAUCCCGGAUGGAAGGAGAAGUACCAGAAGGAGUUCGAGGCGCGCUUCAGCAUUCCGCAUAUCACCGAUGUGAUUCACGACGCCGUCUCUUACCCCUCCACUUUCUGCCUCAAAAUGAGGACUCCAUUAAGUCCUGAUUUCACGAAUGGUUAUCCAACAGAUGAGGAAUGGCAUGGAUACAUUAACAACAAUGACAGAGUGCUGCUCAAGGUUAUACAUUUUUCCUCUCCUACAUCUGCAGGUGCUCAGUGUAUUGAUCCAGCCUGUACAUGGGUGGAGCAAUGGGUUCAUCGUGCUGGGCCUCGGGAAAAGAUAUACUUCAAACCGGAAGAGGUUAAAGCCGCAAUUGUAACUUGUGGAGGUCUUUGUCCUGGUCUCAAUGAUGUGAUACGACAGAUAGUCAUCACCCUUGAGAUAUAUGGUGUCAAACAGAUUGUGGGAAUCCCUUUUGGCUACCGUGGGUUUUCUGACAGCAGUUUAGCUGAAAUGCCACUAUCAAGGACAGUGGUUCAAAAUAUCCAUCUCUCAGGAGGAAGCUUGCUGGGGGUCUCCCGUGGAGGACCUACAGUUACUGAAAUUGUGGACAGUAUGGAGAAAAGUGGGAUCAAUAUGCUGUUUGUGCUGGGUGGAAAUGGUACACAUGCUGGCGCCAAUGCCAUACAUGAAGAGUGCCGCAAAAGACGAUUAAGGGUAGCUGUAGUUGGUGUGCCAAAAACCAUAGACAACGAUAUCCUGCAUAUGGAUAAAACGUUUGGUUUUGAUACUGCUGUUGAAGAAGCACAAAGAGCAAUAUAUUCCGCAUAUAUUGAGGCACACAGUGCUUAUCGUGGUAUUGGUAUUGUCAAAUUGAUGGGCCGUAGCAGUGGUUUUAUAGCUAUGCAGGCAUCCCUUGCUAGUGGACAAAUUGAUAUAUGCUUGAUUCCGGAGGUACCAUUUAAUCUUCAUGGACCUCAGGGUGUCCUCAGCCACCUAAAGCACCUCCUUGAGACAAAGGGAUCUGCUGUUGUCUGUGUUGCAGAAGGAGCUGGGCAGGAUCUUCUUCAAAAAACCAAUGCUACAGAUGCAUCAGGAAACGUCAUACUGGGAGAUAUCGGUGCCUAUAUACAGCAAGAGACAAAGAAGUUCUUUAAAGAGGUUGGAGUUCCAGCAGAUGUGAAAUACAUUGAUCCCACAUACAUGAUCCGGGCUGGCCGUGCAAAUGCAUCAGAUGGAAUUCUCUGUACUGUUCUUGGUCAAAAUGCUGUUCAUGGUGCAUUUGCUGGCUAUAGUGGCAUCACAGUAGGAAUAUGCAAUACUCAUUAUGUCUAUUUUCCCAUUCCUGAAGUCAUUACCGAGCCUAAGGUUGUCGACCCCAACAGCCGGAUGUGGCAUCGUUGCUUAACUUCGACUGGCCAACCAGACUUCAUCUAAGCACAAAGGAUAUAAGUUAAGCUUGACAAAUUUGUAUCGUAUACUAGAUGAAUGGAUGCCCAGCGUGCGAAGGUCUCUGGCUGGGCAUGCUAACGACCUGUUCUCUGAAAUUCUUCGGAAAUUCUUGGUGUACAGUACUUACAGUGCCAAUUAUUCAGUAGCAAACUGAUAAUAAACUUGCUGAAAGAUCUGGCAAGCAUAUUUAUGACUCGGAAGAGAGAAAAUGAAGUAAAGGAAAAGCCUUAUCCCCUUGUUUGGGGUCGUUAGAAGCUCAUUGUUUAAAAGACAAUGAUUCGACAUGGAAUUCAAUUGCAGAACUAGUUUUUCCACAUCGCGAAAAGAAUUUAUCUUGCAAUUCAUAUGUUUUUUUGGCCUUUUCUGGUGUUUUGUUAUGGAAUUUAUGCAUAAAUGACUA